AUGGAAGAUAUUCGACAUUUAAGUCGCGAAGAUCCAUCGCCGUUUAUCCUGCAGCGAGCCUCGGACAGUCCAUCAAGAUCCAGCUCGAGCAGAAUCGGUGAUCUGCGCCGCAGCACUGGCAACGCCACGGGGCCAUAUAAAGAGUGCCCUUCAACGCAGCAGCAACAACGCUUUGCACCCAUGUCUCACUCAGUGCCUCCAUCUCCAGACAUGCUAGCCGCCCACGGUAUCAAAGUGCGCGACUUCGCGUACGAAAGUACGCUCCCCCCGAUAAAGUCCGUUCCCUACAUCCCCCUUCAAGUACAGCCAGGCAUCGGAGGACCGACGCUGUUAAAGCGUUUCAGGAUUUCCCGUGAAGAGGAUUUAGUGGAUAACGAGCCUUACGUCCGGCGCAUGUUUUGCACAGACUCGGACGCAAUGCCUGGUGAGCGCGAGCAGACAUAUGAAGUCAAGAAACCUCAGCCCUUACAACGUGUGGACACGGAACCCGUACUCUCGGAGCCACAAUCGAAACGCGCGAUGGCGUUCGCCGUCCUCCCUGUGGGGCCAAGCCACGAUUCGUAUCGACCACCGCCGUCGACACCUCCGAGGCCACCGUCUCUGCAUAUAUCCACACAGAGCCCCAAUCGAAUAGGGCCGCAAUACUUUCCCUCCCUGUUCCAGCCGGGCCUGCAGGACCCCUCCCAGGACUCGGAGGCGUGGAUCGACACGCCGCUGGUGACCCCCAACGGCUCCCUGCAGUUGCCUGUGGCCGAUAACAGCGCGAUACCCGCGUCGCAGCUCGACACGAACUCACAGUUACCCGCCCCGGAAUUGUUCUCCUACUCCCAGCUAGGGUUCUCUCCUGAACGCUCGCAGAUACCCGCCUCACAGGCGGAGGCGUCUCAAGGACCUGUCAAUUCACCGCCAUACCGAAUUGUGGCCCCACAGACAUCUUUCGUUGCGGACAACGCCACCGUCCCGACCACGCCACCGAGUGGCCCGGCCCCAGCGACCCCGCGUAUGUCCCCGAUGGAUGUAGACGGCGAUGACGAUAAUUUGUCCGGAAUCCAGCCCUCGCGAUACCAAUUGCGCAGUAGAACCCGCCAGUCACCCCAUCGUGGACGAGUUACCAAGAACUCCCCGCCCACGAGUCGCAAGGGCCGAUCAUCGGGUUCACGACCGCCCGGCCAGAAGAGAUCAAAGGUCGGUUCCUGA